AGAUAUAUUGUAAUGAUAGGAGUGUUAAGUCAUCACUAUUUUCCAUAUAUUAUUAUUAGUAUUAUAUAUAGUGUCGUGGUAUUAACAUAAUAGUUAAAAAUAGGAGAAGGAGUGAGAUUUUUUUAUAUAAUUGUUUAAUUUUCUUCUUUUCUUUUUCACUCUUAUUGUUAUUUCUAAUUCAAAUAAACUUUGAGAAAUCAAUAUCCGACUGGAGAGAUUCAGGUGUAAGUAGCGACUCCCGCUUCCGGUUUCUGACAUCAUUAUUGUGACGUCAGCGCGUUGGUUGAAAGUAGCGUCCUAUCAGUCGCUCCCGUCUCCUCACCUUCACGUUCUUGACUCUGGUGUCGCUGUUAACCUUCAUCCUCUGAUCUGUUACGGAAGUGAUAACACUUAUAACAUUAAAAUAUAUAUUGUUUUGCUACGGAGACACAGCGGCGGUUGUUGUUCGUGCAGGACGAUCUUGAUGCGUCGCAGAAUCUUCAUCCACAGUCACAGACUGCGCUCGUCACCGUCGUCAUCAUCAUGGCCCUUCUUCUGAGGAUGCUCGCCGCCGUUUUCCCGUUUUGUUUUCUCGGCUUUGCGGUCUCCCGCUCCUCUUCCAUCUCGGAUCUGAAAUCUAAGAUCUCCGGGGUGGAGGAGCUGCUGGAGGAGUUCCGUCAGCAGCUCCGAGGCGGAGAGGAUGCGACCGUCGACUCCUGCUUGGGCGACUACGACGCCGUCGGGGAGCGUAUCAUCCGGGCCAGAGACUCCAUCGAGCUGGGGGCCACCUUCCUGCUGGCUCCGGAGCCCCUGUACAGCUGGAGGGACUGUCUGCACGCCUGCUGCCGGGAAUCGCACUGCACGCUGGCGGUGGUGCAGGAGGACGUGAAGAGGAGCGGGGAUAGGAUCAGCUGCUACCUGUUCAACUGCACCUACAGGGGCAAAAACGUGUGUUUGUUCGCUGCGCAGGAGGGAUUCACAUCCUACAGUAGGGCCGCGAACAGCACACAGGGACUGGGCCACCUCCCUGCUGCAGCCUCCUCUGCCAGGAGGCCCGGACAGGAGGAGAACGAGGCACCAGAGGCGGACGAGCCCCCCCGCAGCGACGCCGGACAGGACGUGGUUAUCCAGCUGCCCACGGACUGGGCCGUGCUGGACGGCAGGGACAGUGUGGACGACCACGGCAUCAACCGUUACGAGUGGACUCUUGUCAAAGGGGACACAGCCAUCAGCAUGAAGGUUGGUGUUUACGCUGCGUUACACACCGUGUACUGUUAUCACAGUAACACAAAGCAUCAGAGUCAGGUUGCAGGCGACAUUUGUUCGGUUGAGUCAGCGCCGUGGCUGACGUCCAGAGCUGCACAAUACAGCCGUUACCAAGAGAAACUCACCCAGUGUGUCUGGUUCUGCUCCUCUUCUUCUGUAGACCCAUGUGCUGCAGCUCCGGUCGUUGGACCCUGCAAAGGAAGUUUCCCCCGCUGGUAUUAUGAUCAGAACGCUGGAGAGUGCAAACACUUCCUGUACGGUGGCUGUCAGGGAAACCACAACAACUUCCUCCAGGAAUCAGACUGCGUCAGUGAAUGUAUACAGAAAAGUCCGUCGUUCAAACCAGGCACUGCGGCUCCUGCUGUCACCAAACAGACAGAAACAGCCACGUCCAAAGUCUCCCAGGACCAGACAGAGAGCAACCCUCCUGUCUCCAAAGCAUUUCCAGUACACGGAGAUCAUCCAGUUCCUCAGUCAGGUGCGAUCCUUCCUCUAACGCUGGGACUCAUCAUCACCGCCUUUCUGCUGCUCCUCUUUAUCAUCGGCUGCCGUAUCCGACUGGUUCGUCACAAGAUAAGGAAGGCCCGGCCCCUCACCACAGAGGAAUCUGAUUACCUCAUCAACGGCAUGUACUUGUAGCCAAUCCAAUCCAGCUGGUGGUUGUCAACUGGAGACUCUGUCAGUCCAUCCACGGUGAUCAGAACACACACAGACAGUGAAGAUUCCAGGUCUGAAUGCACCUUUAGAUACAGACUGUCGUCACUGUAAAACACUUCAUAAUUUGAAUAUUUUUCAAGUAUUUAACAGUUAACACCCAUGAACACGUGUUCUUUAUGCACUUGGACUCAGACUAGUCAGACUGGACAAACCUGAAGACAGAUCUUUAUCAACAAACUCACAUCUGAGCCUCUGACUUUACAUCCGCUGCUGUUGUUGAAAUCAAACACAGACGCUUGAUUUUUACCUUAUUGCCUGGAAAUUGUUAUUACUUCAGUAGUGACAUAGUACUGUAUGUAUAUUCUGCUGUGUGAGGCUAAGUUAUCGUUUUGUUGUAAUUAUUGUUUUGAUCAAUUGAAAUUUUUUAUCGAAGACGGAAGCCGCAUAUUGUAUUUUAGCCACCAGGGGGCGACAUUGCUUGAUAUUUCUGAAAUCUCUGACAGUGAGGCACUUUUUUUUUUUUUUUUUAAAAAUUCCCGCUGCGGACCUUUUGUUUCAAAGUGAAUCUCAUCAAAUUCACACGUAAAUGCUGACCUAAAAUCGAUUUCAGAUAGAAGUGAUUUUCAGAAAAAAAACAUUUGUGCAGUUCCUGUGUUUGAAGAGAAGUUUGUUCUCUAAAGUGGUGUCUGUCCUGUCAGAAAAUAAAGAUAAUAAAAGUACAAAA